AUGGGCAGCGGGGCGUCGGUCGGUGAAGGAUCCCGGCCCGAGAGGCUGGAAGCGGGUCAGGCUGAGCCCGAGCCCGAGCCCGAGCCCGGCCGGUCCUCCACACCUGUGAGGCAGAGCGACGCCACCCUGCAGGCAGACGAGGAUGAAGUGACACCGCAGAGUCACACUGUGGAUAUUCAGUCGUUAAAGAGUGAAGAGAGAAACGUGCAGCCAGUGGAGAAAGAAGAAGAAGAAGAAGAAGAAGAAGACGACAAAGAAGAAGAAGACAAAGAAGAAGAAGAAGAAGAAGAAGAAGAAGAAGAAGAAGAAGAAGAAGGAGAAGAGAAGAGUCCAGCUCCAGAUACUGAAACUGUGGCUGAAGGUGAAGAAGUCUCUCUGGACUUUGAGAGUUUCCUCCACAACAACGGGACGCUCUACAGCUGCUUCAACCACCACGGGAACAGAGUUUACGUGGACGAGUCUCAGAACCUGCAGCCAUUUCCAAAGGAGUGGUACAGUCAGGGACACUUCAUCAGCGCCAACAAUGAGGGCUCCGGUCAGCUGCAGACUGCAGCCAGCAGCCAGCCGACCGUCAGGGAGGACGACCGCACCGGCAGCAUCUACAUCCAAGGAAAAGGAAGCGUCAUGACCUACAUGUUCGAGGAGCGGGUGAAUAUCUGCAGGUUCUGGGAUCCGGAGUCGGGUGUGUGGCUGCUGCUGCCGCUGCAGUGGGAGGUGAACGUCGAGUUUGUCAAAGCUCGAGUCCAGCGAGUCAUGUCCGCUCUGCCGGGUCUGGUGGACCAGAAGGAGAUCACUGCAGCACUCAGACAGUGUAACUACGACCCUGAAGAGGUCAUCUCCGUCUACCUCACCAUGUUUGGAGAACUCCUCCUGCAGUCCUCUCCGAGUGGAGAUCACAACUACACCGACCUCAACUCCUUCAGAGCCCUCCUGGAGCGGGACCGGGUCAUCGAGGACCUGAGGCUGAAGCUCCGGACUAAAGAGAAGGAGGUGGACAGUCUCUUCCAGAGGAACAGCUACCUGGCCAGGGAGGUACGUUACCUGAGCGAUGUCAUCCAGCACCUGAACCAGAAGUUGGCUGAGCUUGAGGCCGACCAGCAGGAGGCACGAGAGAAGAUCAGAUCCCUCCUGAACCGCCAGGCUCCCUCCAUCCCUCCUGUCAAACCCAUCACAGAGCCCGCAGUGGAACCGGGCCAACUCUGCCAGGUGAGCCGUCUGACCCGAGAGCUGAAUGUCUCCAACAAGCAGCUUCGAUCCACCAUUCAGCAGGCGCUGACCGACAUGAAGAACCAGCUGGAGCAGCUGAAGGGCGCCGCGGGGAAGCUGCCCCUGCUGGAGCAGGAGGCGGCCGGGGAGGUGGAGGAGCUGCGAUCUCUGUACAGGAAGGAGGCGGUAGAGAGGAAGAGUCUGUACAACAAGCUGCUGGAGCUGCAGGGGAACAUCCGUGUGUUCUGUCGCUGCAGGAAGACCAACGCCUCCAGCUCCUGCGUGGAGAAGACCGACGACCAGGAGGUGGUGGUCGUCCAGAAGGGAAGCAGGAAGAAGUUUGUGUUUGAUAAGGUUUACCCUCAGAGCAGCACGCAGGAGGACGUGUUUGCAGGAACUCUGCCGGUGAUAACUUCCUGUGUGGACGGAUAUAACGUCUGUAUCCUGGCCUACGGACAAACCGGCUCAGGAAAGACUUACACCAUGAUGGGCAGCAAGGAGAACCCCGGAGUCAACAUCAGGUCUAUACGUGAGCUGCUACGUAUCUGUGCAGAGAAAGAGAAGGUCUCCUACAGUCUGAAGAUUUCCAUGUUGGAGAUUUAUAACGAGACUUUGAAAGACCUUCUGACCAAAAACUCUGACGCUGCUCUGGACAUCAGAGUCCAGGGGAAGUCGGUGUCGGUCCCAGGACUGACCCAGAUCCAGGUCCAGACCGAGGCCGAUAUCCUCGCCGUCAUGGAAACGGGUGAAAAGAACCGAAAGAUCGCAUCGACCAAGAUGAACACGCAGAGUUCUCGGUCUCACCUGGUGGUGGCGCUGGAGGUGGAGGGCUCGGACGAAGUGUCAGGACUGACGUCCCGCGGUACGCUGACCCUGUGCGACCUCGCUGGAUCUGAACGAAUCGCCAAGACGGAGGCCGAGGGUCAGAGGCUGGUGGAGGCGGCCGCCAUCAAUAAAUCCCUGACAGCUCUGGGACAGGUGUUCAGUGCUCUCAGGUGUAACGCCCUCCACGUCCCCUUCAGGAACUCUAAGCUCACGCUCCUCCUGCAGCCCUGCCUCAGCGGGGACGCAAAGUGCUGCGUGUUCAUCAACGUGAGUCCAGACACGAAGGACGAGGCGGAGACGCUGAGCACGCUGCAGUUCGGCUCCACCAUACGGCAGGUUUCACUUGGAAAAGCCACGCAGAACAUCAUUCCGGCUAAAAACAACAAGACUGUGAAGUAGAAGAACCCAACGUUUAUUUAACAGAAAGAUGUUUG